AUGACCUUCUCCAUGACAUCUUACAAAUUGUGCCCUGAACCCUUGGUUAUCUUCCUUUCCUUCUUGGUCCUGGUCAACCCAAAGUCUGGGCUGUGCCUGGGGCUGGGGCUCGGAGGUAGUCAGUGGGAAUUUCACAGCUCCUCUCGCUGUGUACCCAUCCCUGCCGACAUGGCUCUAUGCCAAGACAUUGGCUAUGGUAACAUGCGGUUGCCAAACCUCUUGGGCCAUGAGUCACUGGGGGAAGCCAUCUACCAGUCUGUCAGCUGGCUGCCUCUACUCGCCCGAGAGUGCCAUCCUGAUGCCCGCAUCUUCCUCUGCUCACUCUUUGCACCAAUCUGUCUGGACAGGUUUAUCUCACCAUGCCGGAGCCUGUGUGAGUCAGUGCGAGACAGCUGUGCUCCAAUUAUGGCCUGCUAUGGUUAUCCCUGGCCGGCCAUCCUCAGCUGUGACCAGUUUCCCGCUGACCACCUCAUGUGCAUUUCCUCUGUCAAUAAUAACAACUCCUCAAACCCUCGAAGAGCCGUACCACGGGCCAGCUGUCGAGACUGCGAGCUGGAAGAUGCUGAGUCUGUCAGGGAAAUCCUGGACAUCUUCUGCAGAAGUGACUUUGUGGUCAAGCUGCGGCUGUCGCGCCUCAACUCAAGCGGAAUUAGGGUUGCCCAGUUCUCCCUAGUCUCUAAACUGGAGGUCCUGAAACACAGUCCGCUGCUCGGGGGCCAGAUCCGAGCACGCUUGGAGCUCUGGCUGGAGCGAGACGCCACCUGUGUGCACAAUAUGACACGUCGCCAACCAAAUGGUGGGACCUACCUGGUGACGGGCAGUGUGCUGGGUGAGCGUCUGGUUGUGAACAAGGCCUACAGUUGGCACAAGCAUGACCGCAACCUCAUGGCUGCUAGUCGAAAAUGGAAGAUGCAUCGCUGCCGCGGAUAG